AUGGCCCCAUCAAUUGACUCCCGCAUUUCCAAAAUCCACCCCUUCUACCGUAUUUUCCUCCUCUACAUCGAACCUAUCCUGGCCCUCUCUGGCGCCUACCUAGCCUACUUCGAACCCUACAAGUUUAUCCACGGCACGGCUCCUUCUUCUCUUUCUGAACAUUUUGUUUCUCUCUCAUCGACUCUUACUCCGGACCCCGUGAUACAGUUCCUCUCCACUGAUAUCGCGGCUCUCUAUGUUCUAUUCACAAUCAACGAAGCGGUGGUCUUGAGACUCACUCGUGAUUACUCCGUGUGGAAGACGGUGGUGUUUGCUAUGCUAUUGUGUGACGUAGGACAUUUUUGGGGAAUCUACAAGGCGGAUUCCGUUGGAAUUUUUAACGUUGGGGAAUGGUCGACGGAGGAGUUGAUUAAUUACGGGAUUCUCGGGUUUGGGUCGGCGUUGAGAAUUGCAUUCUUAUUAGGGUUCGGGAAUAGGAAGUAG